GGUACUUUGCAACUUAUUUUAAGGGUACAAUAAGUACAUUUUCCAUGAGUUUCGGCGAGUUCCAUGAGUUUAUUCGGUUUCGCUAUAACUGCAUUUUGCGGGGUAUUCAUACAUUUUCAUACAUUUGUUUGGAGGUGCCGCCUCUUUGCAGAUGGGAGUAAAAGUUACGCACAAAACUAUAUCUGUGCAGAUGUCACACGAGGAAAUGUAUGUGAACGAGUGAAUCAAAAUGUUAGCCAAAUCGGAAUUAAUUUAUGUCUAGAGAUUGAUUUAUUCUUUUGCUUAAAAAGCAUUAGAAAGUUCGUUAAAAUGAAAAUGUACACCUGUCUGAUAACCUGCUUUGGACAGCCCAGAGCUACCUUAAUAUAAACCAAUCAACGACAUAUCGCCAUGUAAUCGGUCAAUGAGAUUCUCGUAGAUGUAAUUAAUUAAAAUUUCAUGGUGGAGUGGGGCGCGUGCCGGGGCACGUCUCCUCGUGACACAUUCAAUGCGAUGGAAAUCAGGAAAAGCGAAUCAAUCAGUGUAAUGUGAUCAUUCUUGGUGUCAAACAAUCUUCCUCAAUAAACUCUUGGGGUUUGUUAACGGUAGUGAGACGGGCAUUUUCCGUCUCGACUUACUGCUGUAAAAAAAGAAGCUAGGAGUUGUGUUUAUUUGUCUUGGAUUCGCGCUUGAGGCAUCUGUUCGUUUCCCCUUGUGCCACACGCUUCAGCUGAGUUCACCACCCGUCUGCGCGCAGCUUCACCCUUCGGCGAUUUGUUCGGGCCGUUGACGACAUGGGGGCGGAGAGCGCCGGUACCAGCUAUUUAAAAUGCUUUGGCGAAACUGCAAGCUUAACCAUACUCAGUCAUCGGCCCGGCGUUUGCGGGUUUCUGUGUGCGAAGUCAUAACAGGAGCAUUUACGUAGAGAAGAACCGAACUCUGAGCCCAGAAAGACACUUGGAUAUUCAAGACAUUUAACGCCCGGGGAUAUAUUGCAACAAACCGGUACAUAUUUUGCAUCCCGAUGAGCAACAGCACAGUUCAUUGAUGACAUCUGAAAACCUGACAAGAGCGGACUGACCACCUCUUCUCUACCGAACAGCCAAGGGUCCGCUGAGAGUUGAGGGGCACGUCCUCUACCUGGUCCCUCCCAUUUCCUGCCUGAGUUGGUCCCUGUGAACGUUCAAAACUGUUUCUCCAACGGUUUUUUCAAAAACUCAGACUGUUUUCCAAGGCAGACACAGUUGCACGCCCCUCGCGGGCAGAAGCGAUGGGGAGUGUGCGAGCCAGCCGCUACAGCAUAGUGUCGUCAGAGGAGGACGGAAUGAAGCUAGCCACCGUGGCCGUACCCAAUGGCCAUGGGAACGGCAAGACGGGGGUGCAUACUCAACAACAGGCAAAGAGCCGCCUUGUCAGGAAGGACGGACACUGCAAUGUGCAGUUUGUCAACGUCAGUGAAAAGGGCCAGCGCUUCCUGGCCGAUAUUUUCACCACCUGUGUGGACAUCCGUUGGCGGUGGAUGCUCGUCAUCUUCUGCCUGACCUUCUUGAUGUCAUGGCUGUUCUUUGGCUGUAUCUUCUGGUUAGUGGCCUUCCUUUACGGGGAUAUUGGAAACACCAAGGCAAAAUGCAUCACAAAUGUCAAUAACUUCCUAGGAGCUUUUCUGUUUUCUGUUGAAACACAGACCACUAUCGGCUAUGGGUACCGUGUCGUGACAGAUGAAUGUCCAGUUGGUGUCUUCAUGGUGGUGUUACAGAGCAUUGUGGCCUGCAUCCUCGAAGCCUUCAUCAUUGGGGCAGUCAUGGCUAAAAUGGCCAAGCCCAAAAAACGGAAUGAGACGCUGGUGUUUAGCCACAAUGCCACUGUGGCCAUGCGGGACAACAAGCUGUGCUUAAUGUGGAGGGUUGGCAACCUCCGUAGGAGUCACCUGGUGGAGUCCCAUGUAAGAGCCCAGCUCCUCAAGUCCCGUGUCACACCAGAGGGGGAAUUCAUCCCCCUGGACAAAAAGGACAUUGACGUAGGCUAUGACACUGGAAUUGACCGCAUAUUCAUGGUUUCCCCCGUCACCAUCAUUCACGAGAUCGAUGAGGAAAGCCCCUUCUAUGACAUGAGCAAACAGGAGUUUGAGAACUCACACUUUGAGAUCGUGGUCAUCCUGGAGGGCAUGGUAGAGGCCACGGCCAUGACGACCCAGUGUCGUAGCUCCUAUCUGUCAGGAGAGAUCCUCUGGGGUCACCGCUUUGAGCCAGUCCUGUUUGAGGAGAAGAACUACUAUAAAGUGGACUAUUCGCGUUUCCACAAAACCUAUGAAGUUCCCAGCACCCCUCUGUGCAGUGCUAGAGAGUUGGACGAGAAGAAAUCUAUCAUGUCUGGCUCCAACUCCUUCUGCUAUGAGAACGAGGUAGUGCUUGGGAACAAAGACAAUUCCGAGCAGGCAAGUGAGAGCAAUGUGGGCCCUGAGGGCACAAACAUGGGCACAGUCUCAGACUCGGACUCUGAACACAACCAAGCCACAGUGCCCCUAGAACCACGGCCGCUGAGGCGGGAGUCAGAGAUAUGAUUCUUCAACCAAGUCGGCUGGGAGGAGCACUGCAGAAACCUGUUGUUUGAAAAGGCACGUUGAGCUGGAUGCAGUUUGGCCCAGAGAUGGUGACUGUUUUCACACUGAUGGUACUGCUGUGAGAGGUGUUCAGCAAGGACCGAAACAUGAGUGUUAAAAAAUGAGAUGAAAGCAACCAAAACAAAACUGCUUACUGGCACAAAACUCUGACAUUUGUGCAUAGACACAAGUUUGCCUGUGAGGGGUGUUAAAAAAAACAAGAUGCAAUACAGUUCUAUUUAUUAUUACAACAGUUUAUAGAUCUGUGUGACAAAGGGGGAAGGUAUAGGGAAAUGUUGGUAUGGUUUUCAAAACUUGAAAUACCAGGCAUGUCUCUGUGUUCAACUUUCCAACUAGAAAAAUUAGAUUAGGUUGGUUAGUGAGAUUUUCGUUCCACUUAUCUGCCUUUAUGGUCUUUAUUUGCUGCUAUAGAAAUUACGGUAUUUUUCUGGGGGGACAGAAUUCAGUUUGGAUAAUAGAGCAUUUUUUAGGUCAAUGCACUUAAAUGGUCAAUUAUAUAUAAAUAUAAUUGCAUCACUUCAAUUUCUCAACAAAUGAACUAUUUUUUUUUUGCAGUUUUACACAUAAAAUUGGUCUUGAACGAUGGCCCUGAAGUUGGUUGAGUGUCUCCCUGGGCCAUGUGGGAGAAUCCUAACAAACAAGACAUAAACAUUAAGUUGGACAUGCCGUGCCAUGCCACAUCAGAUUAUCAAGAUCCCCUGAGUGACAUGCAUAAUGAUUGAACCUGUAAACUUCUGCUGCUGGAGCUAAAACCUUAGCGUCUCCAUUUCUCUUUUUGCCCUUGCUGAAUGGACACAGUCAGAUCACUUUUAAUAAGCCGUGCAAUACAGUGGUUUGCUAUCAGACACUUGCAAGACGACCACAAAAGAUGCAACAUGUUUGCCGGCUAAGCUGCUGCACUUUCAUUCCCAGCUGAGACGCACCAAAAGUGCCCUGUCAGCGAGCUGGUCUCGCGACAGUGCAGUGAAUAUGCCUCAUGCAGCAUGUUGUGUGUUGCUUUGAGCCCGUGAAUUUUUUUUCCCAACAAGCCGCUUUUAAAAUACUCAUUAGACAACAGCUGGCAGCACUGGAAACUGAGGGGGAGAGUACACAAGUGUGCGUACUGAACACGCCGGCCAAUCUUCUGCUGUGUCAGGGCCUGCAACUUGCAUGGGCAAUCUAAAACCAAACUAGGAAAAACUCCCAGAGGAAUAUCUUGUACAAUUUGGAAGGAUUAAGACAAUAUAUGAAUAACGUAUGUGAUAUUAGCAUGAAGGCGGAAGUUAGCCCUUCAGACCUCGAUGUAACCCUUAAGCAAACAGCAAUACAACAGAAAAAAUGCCUGUUUUCUUAGAAGGGUCAGAGGUCAUUAGUGUCAGAAUGAACCACACUUUUUCUGCAGACUUCCUGGGUUGUAAACAAAUGAGUAAACGAAUGUUUAACAAAGUGCUGCUAUGUUGCA